AUGGCACAAAGCACUCCUGCUAUGGGGGUUUCAGAGGAAGCUCAAAGGACAGGAAUUGUAAGACCACAAAUGAAGAUCUUCUAUGCACAGAAAAAGGGUAAAGCUCUUGAAAAUCAAAGGCCAGAACAGGGUGAGCGAGAUAGGCCAUUUGCUAAGAGGGGUCGUGGAGUGGGUGGUGUGAAAAUUUUGGAGGCACUUAGGGAAGAUACUCUGGAAGGACCAUUGAGAGAGGAAGCUCAAAGGACAGGAAUUGUAAGACCACAAAUGAAGAUCUUCUAUGCACAGAAAAAGGGUAAAGCUCUUGAAAAUCAAAGGCCAGAACAGGGUGAGCGAGAUAGGCCAUUUGCUAAGAGGGGUCGUGGAGUGGGUGGUGUGAAAAUUUUGGAGGCACUUAGGGAAGAUACUCUGGAAGGACCAUUGAGAGAGGAAGCUCAAAGGACAGGAAUUGUAAGACCACAAAUGAAGAUCUUCUAUGCACAGAAAAAGGGUAAAGCUCUUGAAAAUCAAAGGCCAGAACAGGGUGAGCGAGAUAGGCCAUUUGCUAAGAGGGGUCGUGGAGUGGGUGGUGUGAAAAUUUUGGAGGCACUUAGGGAAGAUACUCUGGAAGGACCAUUGAGAGAGGAAGCUCAAAGGACAGGAAUUGUAAGACCACAAAUGAAGAUCUUCUAUGCACAGAAAAAGGGUAAAGCUCUUGAAAAUCAAAGGCCAGAACAGGGUGAGCGAGAUAGGCCAUUUGCUAAGAGGGGUCGUGGAGUGGGUGGUGUGAAAAUUUUGGAGGCACUUAGGGAAGAUACUCUGGAAGGACCAUUGAGAGAGGAAGCUCAAAGGACAGGAAUUGUAAGACCACAAAUGAAGAUCUUCUAUGCACAGAAAAAGGGUAAAGCUCUUGAAAAUCAAAGGCCAGAACAGGGUGAGCGAGAUAGGCCAUUUGCUAAGAGGGGUCGUGGAGUGGGUGGUGUGAAAAUUUUGGAGGCACUUAGGGAAGAUACUCUGGAAGGACCAUUGAGAGAGGAAGCUCAAAGGACAGGAAUUGUAAGACCACAAAUGAAGAUCUUCUAUGCACAGAAAAAGGGUAAAGCUCUUGAAAAUCAAAGGCCAGAACAGGGUGAGCGAGAUAGGCCAUUUGCUAAGAGGGGUCGUGGAGUGGGUGGUGUGAAAAUUUUGGAGGCACUUAGGGAAGAUACUCUGGAAGGACCAUUGAGAGAGGAAGCUCAAAGGACAGGAAUUGUAAGACCACAAAUGAAGAUCUUCUAUGCACAGAAAAAGGGUAAAGCUCUUGAAAAUCAAAGGCCAGAACAGGGUGAGCGAGAUAGGCCAUUUGCUAAGAGGGGUCGUGGAGUGGGUGGUGUGAAAAUUUUGGAGGCACUUAGGGAAGAUACUCUGGAAGGACCAUUGAGAGAGGAAGCUCAAAGGACAGGAAUUGUAAGACCACAAAUGAAGAUCUUCUAUGCACAGAAAAAGGGUAAAGCUCUUGAAAAUCAAAGGCCAGAACAGGGUGAGCGAGAUAGGCCAUUUGCUAAGAGGGGUCGUGGAGUGGGUGGUGUGAAAAUUUUGGAGGCACUUAGGGAAGAUACUCUGGAAGGACCAUUGAGAGAGGAAGCUCAAAGGACAGGAAUUGUAAGACCACAAAUGAAGAUCUUCUAUGCACAGAAAAAGGGUAAAGCUCUUGAAAAUCAAAGGCCAGAACAGGGUGAGCGAGAUAGGCCAUUUGCUAAGAGGGGUCGUGGAGUGGGUGGUGUGAAAAUUUUGGAGGCACUUAGGGAAGAUACUCUGGAAGGACCAUUGAGAGAGGAAGCUCAAAGGACAGGAAUUGUAAGACCACAAAUGAAGAUCUUCUAUGCACAGAAAAAGGGUAAAGCUCUUGAAAAUCAAAGGCCAGAACAGGGUGAGCGAGAUAGGCCAUUUGCUAAGAGGGGUCGUGGAGUGGGUGGUGUGAAAAUUUUGGAGGCACUUAGGGAAGAUACUCUGGAAGGACCAUUGAGAGGUUUGUGGCUGUUUGUUCCUUCAUUUUUUGUCUUGAAAGGUUCUUCGUCCUUUCUUUGA